AUGCCUUCCUCAUUCGGAGCUGAUGACAUCCCUGCGAGCAUCUCACUGUCCUCGACGACAUUGCGGAGGUUCGCUGGAGACAAAGUUGAUCCUUACGUUCGCUAUGUGGCCUUCUUACUCCUCCGCGAUCUGAAAAUCGGUGUCGCAGGCCAGCGGAACAUGAACAAUGCUCUUAGCAACCUUCCGGUCCAUAUGUCCGUCGCACCGGCUGACAAGUUAUCUCUCGGUUGGGGUCCUUCGCACGUCAUCUACGACCGAGCUGUCCAUGAGGACGAAGGAUCCUACGAUCAUCUGGCUGUGAUGCUUGCCUUGACCGAGACUUUCCACGAGACCUAUGGGGCGUUGGUGCUGAUGGAAUUAUCGGCAGCAGCAACAGCAGCAACUCCGGGCGAGGCAACCACACCUCAUUUCGUUCAGUGGAAAGCCGCCUUACACGGGUGCAACGGCGCGCUUGCUUCGACGGAUUUCGGGCUCCUUGUAGAAGAUUACAUCCAGCUGUAUCCCUACAACAUCAUCAAUGUGGAUCACGUGGAAUCUCUAAUCCCGCCCAGAGUGGUCGCUAAAGCCAUAUCUGCCCUGCUUGAAGUUACGAGCGGGCGUCAGAAGCAGGCCACAUUUACCGGCAGCGCAAUCACUAGCUGGAUAGGGGCAGUGGCCGAAUGGCUCUGUGAUCUGCCGCUUGCCGUGUAUCAGACUGGUGGACAACAGUUGCGCAGAACACACGCAGAUCAAGACCCUCAGAUAACGUUGGUCUUUGUCAAGAACCCGGGACUCUCGGUUUCCUUCGAAAAGGGAGAUUUGGAUAUAUCUGGAGUUGCUGACUUGUCGCUCGUGGACAGAACUUACUCUUCGGCAGUGCACGCGACUCCGUUCGGAGGUCGAGUGGCAUGGCAGUCACUUCUCCCAAAAGUGUUUGGCAAGAGUUUUCGUUAUCUAGACCACGAAGAGUCAAAGGCAUUCGCGACCAUGAUGGGAAGUGCUGCCAAAAUGUUUGAGGGCCUCGCUCUCGGCAGAGGGCAUGAAGAACACAAUGAGCUCGUUUCAACCCAGAAUCAGAACAACGACGCAUCCUAUGGUGCCGGACUAAUCGUGACUUUGACCAAUUGGCUCCCUGAACUUCGGCGCUUCGAAGGGCGGAUGGAAAAACAGCUGAAGUUGUCCCAUGAGGACGCGGCAGCGAAUUAUGUCGAACAACUGACACGGGUUAGGAAGGCCUGCCAUUGUGGGAUCUGCACUGCCAAAGAACACCUUGCAGAUGGACAGGAAGGUGUGCCGCCGCCUCAUGGCUAUUGUCUCGCUGUACUGGUCGAAACCAUUAUCGCUCUCGGGUUAUCCUUGUCCAGAAUGACAGUGUCAUCGCGAUUGUAUCCCACACGAUCAGGAAUCCAAAGCUUCUAUCUUGGUCAAGUCUCGAAGCGACUGGAAGCCCGGGGCAAGCACUGGAAAGAACAUUUCAAGAUUGUGUAUGGGAACGAGUGGAAUGCGCCUGAUGUCCGUCGUCUUCAAAAUGCCAUCCAGAUCUUCACGGGUUCCAGGCCGACGAAGAACAUCACCGAGAACCUUGUGGCCAUCUCACACGAAGGGAUCUGUGCGUACUUUGUGGCCAUGGAGAAGGGGUAUCCAUCGGAAAAAGUCCACCAAGUGCAGUUGAUCCGCGUCGUCAGUGGGAGCAUCAACGUCGGCGAGAAGCUGUUUGACAGAGCGUGCCUUGGAUCCCUCCCAAGAGCUGAUUAUGAUGACCCGUGGGAGCAGCUGGAGUAUGACCACUUGCCUAAGCCCUUGUUCUGCAAAUGAGACGUACAUUACGGAGUGACUACUCUAGAAUAGUCAUCGGCGUCGGAAGUAUAGGAAGCUGGCAAAUCUUGUUGAUUCCUGUCGUUUGGAACACGGACGAAGGGCUUCAAGCCACAAUGGGUAGGGUCAGCCAAGGUGGCCAUGCGUUUUAUUAGUAUUUAUUACGGAGUAGAAGUCGAGUGCGUUCCAUUCGAGUGUGUCCCAGGGGAAAGUGGUG